AAUGGGGGAAAUAAGUAUUGAAUGAGUCAAAAUUUCAGUAAAUAUAUUCACAUUAAAUUUCAGUAAAUAUAUUCACAAAUUUUUACCAGACUUUGGUAUUAACUCAAGAAAUCCACACAUAUUUUCAGUAUAGUACAAAGCACCAAUAAAAAAAAUAAAUCCAUGACAAUGAAUUGACCCAUAUAUCUAGAACCUUUUCACAGGCUAAUGAACCCUGUAGGGUUCUUUUGAUUGAACCCUUAAAAAAGGGUUCUAUAUAAUACCUUUUAGGGGUUCAAAAUAUGAAAUGCCCAAGAUAAUUUAGAAUCCAUAGAGAAUAUAAUCUAUAUAGAACCGUUACUUCUAAGAGUGUAUAAUAACCUCCACUCUUCUGGAAAGGCUUUCCACUAGAUUUUGUAUCAUGAAUUUCAUCCAUUCAGCCACAAGAGCAUUAGUGUUGUCAGACAGUGAUGUCGGGCGUGGAGGCCUGGGGUGCGGUCUUCGUUCCAGUUCAUCCAUUCAGUGGAGAUGAGGUCAGGGCUUUGUGCGGCCACUGCACAACAGGAAAACAGGACUCAGUAAUCGACAUCAUUUUGGGGGAAUGUCUAAUUCAGCACUGGACGGCGGCUGAUGAUAAAUGGUUUCCGUCCUGUGCGCGUUUCCAUGCGCGCUCAUGUGAAGACCCUUUAAAAGGGCAGCGGGCGCAGGCUGUCACAGCGAGGGACUGACAGACAGACAGACAGACAGACAGACAACUAAUCACCGGAUUGCGUUGUUAUUGACCAUGUCUCUGUACCGUAACUCGGCGUGGUUCUUCAAAGGAUUCAUCGAAUUUACCAAGGGAGCAUUUGACUCUGCAUCGAAACACUUUAUAGAAAAAGAUGUAGAAGUGUCUGUGGCAGGCCGAUCUUUCUUGAUCACUGGAGCUAACAGUGGCAUUGGCAAAGCAGUGGCCAUGGCCAUUGCUAAAAAAGGUGGGACAAUCCACAUGGUAUGCAGAAACAAGGACAAGGCUGAGGAAACCAGAGCUGAGAUUAUCAAGGAGUCUGGAAACAAAGAGGUCUAUGUGCACAUCCUGGACCUAUGUGAGACCAGGAAGGUAUGGGAGUUUGCAGAGGCAUUCAAAAAAAGAUACAAAACCCUUAAUGUACUGAUCAAUAAUGCAGGUUGUAUGAUGACUAAGAGAGAAGUGAAUGCAGAGGGCUUUGAGAAGAGUUUUGCCAGUAACUCACUUGCCAUGUACAUUCUCAUCAAGAGCCUAAUUCCCAUGUUGGAAAAGAGCCCUGACCCCAGAGUGAUCACAGUGACAUCUGGGGGGAUGUUGGUGCAGAAACUACGCACAGGAAAUCUGCAGUCCCAGAUAGGCAGAUAUGAUGGCACCAUGGUGUAUGCCCAAAACAAGAGGCAGCAAGUGGUGAUGACAGAACAGUUUGCUAAAGCUCACACCAGCAUCCACUUCUCAGUAAUGCACCCUGGUUGGGUGGACACAUCAAUGAUUGCAAAUGCCAUGCCUGACUUUUACCGGUCAAUGAAGGAGCGUUUGCGAACACCCGAACAGGGGGCCGACACUGUGGUGUGGCUCGCAGUGUCUGAGGCUGCUGUCACAAAUCCCAGUGGAAGAUUCUUCCAAGAUCGGAGAAUGGUAUCAGCCCAUCUGCCACUGGCCUGGACACACAGUUCCCAACUAGAAGAUGAGAAGUUCAUGAGUGUCAUGGAGGAGAUAGCAAAAAGUUUCCAACCUCAUUGAACAUUCAAACAGAAACAGGUUAUUAGAAUCUGAGCUAGCUCACAAAGAGCACUUCAACACACAUUUUGGCCAAAUACACACAACACAGAGAGUACAGUUUCUCUGAAAUACAUACAGUGCCAUUUAAGUAACAUGUACACACAUUAUGCAGAUUAGGUAAGAAAACAGAAACAGAACUAAACAUUUUAAUACAUCUAGAAAUUUAUCAGAUUAACACAGGGAAAUAUAUUAGCUAACUGAUAAUAUCUUUAGCAUUAAUGUUGGGUUUCCAACCGGACUUACUCAUUGUAAAUAUGAAGUCAUUAAUUUCAGGGUGCAAAACAGAUGGCAAACAUAUAGAAUGUUUCCAGUAAACAUAUGACAUACAUCCAUUUGCAUUCAUAUUAAAACCUUUUGUCCAUGUUGGUACCGAAUUUGUUUCCAGCCUUUUAUACCAUCUCAUUGGUCUAACCAUGGGUUUCCAGUUGCGUACAGUGACUUUAGAUGAUCUGGUCGACCAGGUGGGAACCUGCUCAGACCAAAAUCACUGUCUCUCAUUCUUUACCCAGUUACCCAGUGACCUGGUCUCUGGUACAUUCUGUCUGAAAAGGUGCAGUAUCUGGAUGUGCAGGAUGUUUCAACAAUGAUGCCUAAUAUGCAAAAUUAGUAAUGUAAUUUUUUAUUGUUUCACUACGUGUAAUCAGCAAGUAACUGAACUAAAUAGGUGUUCAUUGUAACUGAACCUGUGAACUGUUCUGUUAUAUGGUCCAUGUUUAUGCAUAAUUAAUAAAUGCCUACAUGAAUAAAUCUGGUAUUACAAUGGGUGUGAGAGAUAAUGGAAAAUAAACAAGUGGAAUUGAU